AUUCCGGUUUCCAUUAAAAUGGCGUCGAAGUCAGACUUCCUUGUUUCACGCUUCAGAGAAACUUUAUCAACCAAAUAAUUGGGAUGGCGUGUGGUUAAAGCAUCAGUUUGAAAGGAUAAUAACAUGCCAUAUCAAGAUAAACAAGGGAGAACCUGUGGAUUUCUGAACAUCCUUGAGAAGGAGUCAUCCACCAACUCAAAACGAAGAUAUUUCAUACUUGAUCCCUGCGAGGAGACACUUAAGUUCUACAAUGACAACCCUAAUAACUUACCCUCUAAUCAACAGAGUCCUUGUGGUGAAAUCAGAACAGCCGUUAUUUCAAAGGUUAGUGAAGUCUCAAAGAAACAGAAGCCAAAGCUGAAUUCCUGCUUUGUUAUAAACCAUGCAGGGAAAACACAAUAUUUACAGGCUGAGAGUACGGAGGAUAUGCAAGGAUGGAUAUAUGCAUUAAAUAACAUCAGUAAAAUAACGGUUCCAGUGGAGGAAUCUAAGAAUUUAAAUGACCCAGAAGCUGGUUACAAAACAGAGAUUGCUGGAGGAGUACCAAUUAAAAUACCAAUAAGGCAUGAGAAUACUAAUGAAUCAGGUGCUUCAAGUGAGAGUGAAGAAAGUAUGGAAAAUCAAAAGAUAAUGGCAUCUUCUCAGCCAGCACUCAAAAAAGGCUACUGUGUCAAGCAGGGGGGCGUGAGGAAAAACUGGAAGAGAAGAUAUUUUGUUGUGAAUGAUGGUGGCCUGGCCUAUUAUAGCAAUGAACAGUCAGAUGAACCUCUAAGGCAUAUACCCAGAGGUGACAUCACUGACGUCAGAAAGGCCACCAUGUCUCCAGGAGCCAGGGACAAUUUAUUUGAAGUUCAUACUUCUAAAAGGACAUUCUACAUACAGUGUGAUACCCCAGAAGAUGUACAGGAAUGGAUAUCAGCAAUAGAAAAACUUAUAAAUAACCAGGCAUCACAGAGAAAAAGCGGAGGUAACCUCGAGCCGGGUGAAGUUGACCUCUCCGUAACCAAAGUCUUCCCCCAGAACAAAUGGGAUGAUCGGUUAAGUAAGUCAAUGUUUGUCAAGAAACCAGGCUCCGUUAACGCAGACAGACAGGCAGGCACAUCAUCCACGUACGCUGUGCACAGUCAAAGUAUGAGGGGUCCAAGAAUGGGGGUCUACUUUCCUCAUAAGUUACGACAGCCAGGGAAUCCCCUCAGUGAGGACGUACCUAGCAGAGUUACCCUUCCUGGAGAAGAUAAGCCACGGAAAGUGGAAAAACCUGAAUCCAAAGCAAAGCCUCCUCUCACAAAGCAACGAAGCUGGUUUCUCUGGUAGAGGCAGAAAAAAGUAUAACCAUCUCAAGAAUGUAAGAAGUCCCCUCUUUGUGAAGAUGUGCUUUUUUUACCAAUUAAAUUUUGAUUUAGUUAUUUACCUUUUAAUAUACCUAAAAUAAGUGAUGAAUUUUAAAAGUUUUAACAAGAAUGACGUAAAUUAUCUAUAGGCUGAGAACACUGUUGGGGAAUAAGAGCACAAUGUACAGUCUUCCAUGUAACAGCAGUUAUUUUCUCAUUCUGAUCUUCUGAACUGUUCUUAUUUUGCUGUUUUCUAAUAACGACAAAAAUUAAAACUUUUAAACGUAAA